UCCAGAAACUACAAGUCCCGUGAUGCACCGGGCUCGACUGUUCUGUUUGAGUUCGCUCUAGGGGAUUCCGCUGUCCGGGGGCAACCCCUCCUGAAACCUGGUGGCAAUAAUCGGUAGUUCUGGGGUGUCUUGCCAUGUUGAAGCAAGCUGCAGUUAAGCUCAUUUGGGGGCCUUUGCGCCAAACCUGCUGGACAAAGUGGGGUCAGAGGGAACUUUGUUUAGAUCAUCUUGUACCUAUCUCUUCACUUCACAAGGACAGUGCCCUUUCUGAUAAAAGGAGUAAGCUGAAGAGACAUUUGAAGAAUGAAAAGGAGUUCAGUGAGAAGCAGCUAAACCAAGCCUCUGCUACCAAUCACUCUGUUGACCAUGGUUUGCCCAUUGAUGAGGAGAAUCUUGAUCCACAUCAAUAUUACAAGAUCCGCAGUCAGGCGAUCCAACAGCUGAAGCUCAAUGGAGACAGUCCCUACCCCCACAAAUUCCAUGUAGACACCUCACUCACCCACUUUAUCAAGCAGUACGGUUAUUUGCAACCAGGGGACCACCUGACUGAUGUCACUUUGAGUGUGGCAGGUCGUGUCCAUGCCAAACGGUCUGCAGGAAAGAAGCUCGUCUUUUAUGAUAUUCGGGGAGAGGGGGUCAAACUGCAGGUCAAGGCCACAUCCAGGAAUUAUAAAUCAGAAGAAGAAUUUUUUCAUAUAAAUAACAAACUUCGACGGGGAGACAUCAUUGGAGUUCAGGGGAAUCCAGGGAAGACUAAGACAGGAGAGCUGAGCAUCAUACCCAAUGAGAUUACACUCCUGUCGCCAUGUCUUCAUAUGUUGCCUCACCUUCACUUUGGUCUCAGAGACAAGGAAACUCGUUAUCGUCAUCGAUAUUUAGACUUGAUCCUGAAUGACUUUGUGAGACAAAAGUUCAUCACCCGCUCCAAGAUAAUUACCUAUAUCAGGAGCUUCCUGGACGAGUUGGGCUUCCUGGAGAUCGAAACUCCUAUGAUGAACUUCAUCCCGGGGGGAGCUGUUGCCAAGCCCUUCGUCACCUACCACAAUGAGCUGGACAUGAAUUUAUUUAUGAGAAUUGCCCCAGAGCUGUAUCACAAGAUGCUGGUAGUUGGUGGCAUUGACCGGGUGUAUGAAAUUGGGCGCCAGUUCAGGAACGAAGGCAUCGAUUUGACUCACAAUCCUGAAUUCACGACUUGUGAGUUCUACAUGGCUUAUGCAGACUACCAUGAUCUCAUGGAGAUCACCGAGAAGAUGGUUUCAGGAAUGGUGAAGAAUAUUACAGGAAGCUACAAGGUCACCUAUCACCCCGAUGGCCCUGAGGGCCAGGCCCACGAGAUUGACUUCACACCGCCCUUCCGGAGAAUCAGCAUGGUGGAAGAGCUUGAGAAAGCUCUUGGCACGAAGCUACCUAAUACCAGUCUUUUUGAAACAGAAGAAACUCGUAAGGUUCUUGAUGACCUCUGUGUGGCGAGAGGCGUGGAGUGCCCUCCUCCCCGAACCACAGCCAGGCUUCUGGACAAGCUUGUAGGUGAGUUCCUGGAAGUGACCUGCAUCAACCCCACCUUCAUCUGUGACCACCCCCAGAUAAUGAGCCCACUGGCCAAGUGGCACCGCUCCAAGGAAGGCCUGACCGAGCGCUUCGAGCUUUUCGUCAUGAAGAAGGAAAUCUGCAACGCCUACACAGAGCUCAACGACCCCAUGCGGCAGCGGCAGCUGUUUGAAGAGCAGGCCAAGGCCAAAGCUGCAGGUGAUGAUGAAGCCAUGAUUAUGGAUGACAGUUUCUGUACUGCCCUAGAGUAUGGGCUCCCACCAACUGCUGGCUGGGGAAUGGGUAUUGACAGACUCACUAUGCUUCUUACAGACUCCAAUAAUAUUAAGGAGGUUCUUCUCUUUCCUGCCAUGAAACCAGAAAACAAGAAGGAGAAUCCAUCAAACUCUGGUUUACCAGAAGGCCCAUCGAUUGUCCCCAUCAGCUAGAGGACAACCUUUGUGAUUUGACCAUACUUUCUGUUCUUGGAAAGAAAAUCCAAGGCUAGAAGGGACUGCAUAUGGUCCACUUACCACAUAUACAUUAAGCACAUAGGAUGUGCCAGGCCUUGUGCUGGGUGUAGGGGAUACAAGAACAAGAAUGAAGCAGACCCUUUCCUCAGGGAGAAACUCCAGGGUCCCACUUUACAGUUUGAUUUGUUACAGAAGUAAGGAGGUGCCCUGAGGACAGCUUUUUGUACCUCAUCCCCCAAUAAAUCCGAUCAGUCUUGUGCUGCUCUA